GCAGCCACAGCCGUAGCAGCGCCCGGGCGGCUCACCUAUCACCAGGUUUCCCCCUUGCGCCCGGGCGCUGAAGACAGCGGGAUCGGGGCCAUGUUCAACCGCGGAUCGCGGCGCCGACGAUCGACCCGAGCCCUGCCUGAACUGGAGGACCCUGACCGGGGCCAACCGUGUCAGGCGUGUGGGGAGCAGUGCCCAGGCUUCCUAGUGCAUGGAUGGAGGAAGAUCUGCCAACACUGCAAGUGUCCCCGGGAAGAGCAUGCGGUACGCAUGGCCCCUGUCGACUUGGAAAGGAUGAUGUGCCGCCUCAUUUCUGACUUCCAGCGUCACUCCAUCUCAGAUGAUGAUUCUGGCUGUGCUUCGGAGGAAUAUGCCUGGGUACCUCCAGGACUCAAGCCUGAACAGGUCUAUCAGUUCUUCAGCUGCCUCCCAGAAGACAAAGUCCCUUAUGUCAACAGUCCUGGAGAACGGUACCGCAUUCGUCAGCUGUUGCACCAGCUUCCACCUCAUGACAGUGAGGCUCAGUACUGCAGCUCCCUGGAAGAAGACGAGGCAAAGGAGUUGAAAUUAUUCUCACAGCAGCGAAAGCGAGAGAACCUUGGCCGAGGAACGGUCCGACUCUUUCCUGUCACCAUAACUGGAGCCAUCUGUGAACAGUGUGGAAAACAGAUUUGUGGAGGGGACAUUGCUGUCUUUGCCAGUCGAGCUGGGCAUGGUGCCUGCUGGCACCCCCAGUGCUUUGUUUGUACCACGUGUCGGGAGCUCCUCGUUGACCUGAUCUACUUCUACCAGGAGGGCAAAAUCUACUGUGGGCGCCACCAUGCUGAGCGCCUCAAGCCUCGAUGUGAAGCCUGUGAUGAGAUCAUCUUUGCAGAUGAGUGCACAGAAGCCGAGGGCCGUCACUGGCACAUGCGCCAUUUCUGCUGCUUUGAGUGUGAGGAGGCCCUGGGUGGGCAACGAUACAUCAUGCGCCAACGUCGCCCCUAUUGCUGCCGUUGUUAUGAGAGCCUUUAUGCAGAAUAUUGCGAUGCAUGCGGGGAGCACAUUGGAAUUGACCAGGGCCAGAUGACUUACGAGGGCCAGCACUGGCACGCCACCGAUGCCUGUUUCAGCUGCUCCCGUUGCCAGCAACCCCUGCUGGGGAAGCCUUUCCUGCCCAAGCAGGGUCAGAUCUUCUGCUCCCGGGCCUGCAGCCUUGGCGAAGACCCCAACGGCUCGGAUUCCUGUGACUCUGCCUUGCAAAGCACCCGUCCUCAGGACGUCCGGAGGACCAGCUGGCAGCAGCGCCGAGUUCAGUCCCAGGGCACGUCACCCUCCUCCAUCACCCGGUCCGUUUCCUUUGCGGGGCAGACGGUACCAGCAGACUCCACACCAAGGAUCCGAAGGAGCUGGAGCGGGGCGCCUGGGGAUGAGGACGAGGAGGUGCCCACGGAAAUGGAAGAGCUCUCCGAUCCAGACAGCAAUGGUUCUGGCUACAGCCAAAGUUGUGAGGAGCCAGUGGAACGGGCUUCCCGGGGAACGUCAACUUGCCUGCCUCCAGCCACUGACCAGGAGGAAUCAGGAACAGGGACCGAGCUCCAGCCCCGUUUCCAGCGUACCUCCCCCUUGCGCCACUCUAUGCCGGAGCUGGGGAUGCCCUCUUCCAAAACCUCCGACUGGAGCAGCAGUUCCACUUCCAAAAUUCAAGCCUCUGCCCGGCCACGGCUCAGCGACGGCAGAGAGCCUGGAACUUUUGCUCGGGGAGGAAUACCUCGGGUUAGCUUCCGGGAACCUUUAAUCUCGGGAGAGCCAGGCACCCCUUGCCCUGAGCAAGCCUCCUUGGAGGCCCCGAUGGCGCAGAAGGGGGGAGCCAUCCGGGGACACCCUCGCUCCACUUCAGACAACUCGCUCAACCUGGGGAGCCAAGACUGGAGGCCAAGGAAGGGGAGGGGGGAAAAGAGGGGAGCCAGCCUCUCCUAUUCAGCUUCAGAGAGUGCUUUUCCUGCCUGGCACCGGCGCUAUCCACCCCGGGGAUGGGACUUCAGCUCCUCCGAGUCUUCCGAUUCAUCCUCGGAGGAAGAAGGCUACUUUCUAGGGGAGCCCAUACCCCUGCCGCCCCAUUUGUGUGGCGGAGCCAGUUCCCCAGAGGUCACGCCGCCCAGUGAAUCAACUCGCAAACGGCAGCGCCGAAGACUGCGGGUCGUCCGGGACAAGAACUGUGUGGUGGCCUGAGCGGUCCUGGCUUUUGCUAUUGCAGUCCAGCCGUAGUCGGGCUUUAGAAUGGUGAAACGUUGAUCAUUCUCUCUGGGGGCCUCUGCAGCUGUAGGCCAUUGUUUCUUCCUCCUUGACCUGUGCCUCUUAGCCAAGGAUUCUCCUCGGAAAGUGACCUCGAUCAUCAUGACCGCUGUUUCUGUUGAAACCUUUCCUCAGGG